AUGCAAGCAAUUAAUUAUGGCAAUUCAUUAGAAGUUGCAAUCUUUAAUGAUAGUAUGAAAACUAAUGUAUUAGCAGGAAAGAUAGCAAGAAGAUUUACUCCUCCUAACCCAUUUAAUAAUAUUGUUGGUAAUGCUAUUAAUACACCA